AUGCGACUGCUUACUGGUGGGCCGAUGAUAUAUGAUUUACGCCCCGAGUCUCUGGUAGGCGUGGAGACGGGCAUGAUUUACUCGCGCGCGCGUGAGUGGCGGAAGCUGUGUGUGGAGCAAGUGGCCAGCAACGUCGACAACACCAUCAACAAGGGAGACUCCCGCCUCACUUCUGUCCAGCACCUCCAACAACUCCAGCACCUCCAACAACUCCAGCACCUCCAACAACUCCAGCACCUCCAGCAACCCAGCAACCCAGCAACCCUACUGCAACCUCGCCUCGGACACGCAAGCAUGACCAAAAACCACCCGAGCCUGCGCAAAGCAGCGUCCAACGCCGACUUGUAUUCCGACCCGCCCUCGCCGCCACGGCCUCUCCGUCACGCAGCCUCGACGCUCUCCCGCGCCCACACGACAGCCGCUUCCUGUGACCGACCAAGAGGCCCCAGGGUGGCCGGUCCAUCUUGGAUCGCCCGAGACGCGCUGCCCGACUUCCAGAGCCGACACAGCGUUGCGUUGCCUACUGCCCGCCUCAUUGAUGUCGACGAAGACAGCCCGGUGUCUGCACCAGCACAGAAGCCGCCCCCUGUACCGCCCAAGAUCCCCGAGGCCCCCGUUCAGUCCAUGCCACAGCCAGCCGCGAGAGAGACGGUGCGGUCCGCGCCUUCGCACCCAUGGAUUCCCAUGCCUCAGCGCCCCAAAGAAGGACCCGAGCGCUACACGAAGCCUUUUACCGACUUCAUGACGGCAAAUCCCACCGUUUUCCACGCUGUCGAUGCGGUAGCCAAGGAUCUGGACAAGCACGGCUACGAGAGGUUGUCUGAGCGUGACGGCUGGACGCUAAAGGCCGGUGGCAAAUACUACCUGGACCGCAAUGGCACUUCACUCAUCGCUUUCGCUAUUGGCGACCGGUACACAUCUGGAAACGGUGCCGCAGUAGUUGCGGGCCAUAUCGAUGCCCUCACUACCAAGUUGAAGCCCAUCUCAAAGUUGCGGACAAAGGCAGGCUAUGUUCAGCUAGGUGUUGCACCGUACGCAGGCGCCCUGUCUGACACUUGGUGGGAUCGUGACCUGGGAAUAGGCGGGAGGGUCCUGAUCAAAGAGAAUGGGAAGAUCGUGUCCAAGUUGGUCAAACUUGACUGGCCGAUUGCUAAAGUCCCCACGCUGGCGCCUCAUUUCGGCGCUGCCGCCAAUGGCCCCUUCAACAAGGAGACCCAGAUGGUGCCCAUUAUCGGUCUCGACAACUCUGAUUUGGAAGGAUUGUCGCCUGAUAAUGACCCAGCCUACAAAGCCAACUCCUCAAUCGUGAAUUGGGAACUCGAACUCUUCGACGUCCAACACGCAACAACCGGCGGCCUAGACCGCGAUCUCAUCUUCGCCGGCCGCAUCGACGACAAACUCUGCUCCUGGGCUGCAGUGCAAGCUCUCCUCAACUCUACCUCUUCCCUCUUGAGCUCUUCCCAGAUUCGUAUUGUCGCACUCUUUGACGACGAAGAGGUCGGGUCACUGCUUCGCCAAGGCGCUCAUGCCAACUUCCUGCCCAGUGUCAUGGAACGUAUCGUCGAAGAAUUUGCAGAUGGUGGAAAGGUCAAAGGGGCACUCAGUCGUACCUACGCAAACUCUUUCCUCGUUUCUAGCGAUGUCAUUCACGCUGUGAACCCAAACUUUCUUAACGCAUAUCUCGAAAACCACUCGCCGCGUCUCAACGUUGGCCCCGCCAUCUCUGCCGACCCAAACGCGCACAUGACUACUGAUGCUGUGUCCACCACCAUCCUUCAGCGGUGCAUCGACCGUGACGUCGGCGUCCGUACAGUCGACCCCCAACUCCAGGUGUUCCAAAUCCGCAAUGACAGUCGCAGUGGCGGCACAGUAGGUCCCAUGCUUUCCGCGGCAACGGGAAUGAGGGCUGUAGACUGCGGUAUCCCGCAGUUGAGCAUGCACUCCAUUCGUGCUACGACGGGUAGUCUGGACCCGGGUCUCGGCGUUUUCACGUUUCAGAGCUUUUUAGAAAACUUUGAAAGUGUGGAUCGCGAGUUCAGGGAAUAG